AUGCUGCUGGCCACAGCCACUGCUCAAUCUACUGUUUACCUUAUCCGCCACGGAGAGAAACUUUCCAGCGGAAACGGAAUAAGUAGCCAGGGCGAGGAGCGUGCUCAAUGCCUUGUGAAUGUUUUCUCUGCGAGCUCCUCUUACAACAUUGGACAUAUUAUGGCUGAGACCCCCCGAUCUGCUAUGUCAAUUAGUGGUGGCUGGCAGCAGUGCCCAUAUGACACGGUCCUUCCUCUGGCGGAGAGCCUUGGACUUGAUGUUGACACAUCUUGUGAGCGUGAUGAUGCUGAUUGUGUCCAGAGUGUUGUUGAUAGCUACACGGGAGACGGCAAGAUUCUUAUCUGCUGGGAGCACAAUGAAUUGACGAAUAUCGUCACUGCACUUGGCGACAGUGAUGCGCCUUCUUACCCCGAUGACAGUUACAACCUGAUUUGGACCGAUCCCUAA